AUGAGAGUAGAAAUAGAAGCUUUGAAAGGACAGUCUCGUGAUGAGCCACAACAUCGUGAUGAGUCACAGCCUCCAUAUUCCCUUUUUCAGUCUCGUGAUCCGGCACGUCGUAGUGAUGAGUCACAGCCCCAUGAAAACCCUUUUCAGCCUCGUGAUGAGCCACAGUCUCAAUAUCAAAACGAAGAAGAGGAAGAAGAUGAUUCUGGUGGAAAAGGAUCAGAAGAUGCGCUACAGCGUCGUGAUGAGUCACAGCCACAAUCUUCUCCUUUUCAGCCUCCUGAUGAGCCACAGUCUCAAUAUCAAAACGAAGAAGAGAUCGCAAAGCUUAAGGAGUCCAAGAAGAAGGCAAAGAAGCCACUACCUCCAUCUCAAGUGGUAAAUGAGCCUUUCAAGUGCAACUUGAUCAACCAUAAUGGAAAUAAUGAUGUUGUUGCAAUAGGAUGUUGCUAUCCAAGCCGUGUAUCUCUCCACAAUGUACCCUUGAAGCCUGGUGAAGUUGCUGUGACAGUGUUUGAGGUCAAGAUAGACAUACGUCUCUGGGCACCAGUAGAUGAUAUUGAGAUGCUAAGAAAUGCAAUUGGCGCAUUCAUUGUCUGGUCAAAGGAAAUGGUAGUACAUUAUAAGGAGGAGAAAUCAGAGGAGCAAAUUGAGAGGAAUUCUAACACAGAACAGCAAUCAAAGAAUGCGUCAAAGAAGGAUGAUGCUAAUGAGAGAAUUAGUAACAGAGAGGAGGAGAAAUCAGAUGAGCAAAUUGAGAAGAAUGCUAGUGAGAUUGCGUCAAAGAAGGAUGAUGCUAAUGAGAGAGUUAAUAACAGAGAGGAGGAGAAAUCAGAGGAGCAAAUUGAGAGGAAUUCUAACACAGAACAGCAAUCAAAGGAGCUACAGCGGGAACGGACGGGAACUGACGAGAACGGACGGGAACUGACGGGAACGGACGAGGAAAAAGAGCGGGAACAGACGGGUUCUGGUGGAAAUAGAUCAGAAGAUGUGCCGGUUGUGAAAAAGCUAUUUGUCUAUGUGAGAAAGAGGAUGAAACAUAGUAAAGGGAAAUCCAUAUAUGGACGCCAAUAUGUGAGACCAGAUUUUUUCAAGCCGGCCGCACCCAGGACACGAAAUCCACCCAGGACAGGAAAUCCAGGGAAAUCCAGAUAUGGACGCCAAUAUGUGAGACCAGAUAAAUUUACGCCGGCCGCAUAUAAGUAA